AUGAAUGUCAACUUGAUCCGAACUAGUCUCUUGUCCUUGUCCAGGCCGCAGCCCAGCUUGCUCAAGCGACAAGUCAGAGGUAUCACAAGGCGUGCGUUACAAUGGGAGCUCAACACAGGCGCCAAGAUACCCGCCAUCGGCUUCGGGACCUUUCAAGACCCAGAUGCUCAGGAAGAUGCCGUGAAGAUGGCGCUGAAUAGUGGAUACCGACAUAUUGACACCGCGAGGGUCUACGAUACCGAGGCUCAAGUCGGCAAGGGCAUCAAGGCAAGCAGCGUUCCCCGAAAGGAUAUCUUCCUCACGACUAAGCUGUGGUGCAACUCGCAUCACCCCGAGGAUGUCGAGACUGCUCUUGACGCCUCUCUCAAAGACCUUGACACCCCUUAUGUGGACCUCUUUCUAAUGCACUACCCUUGCACUUUUGCUAGGGGCGAAGACCGCUUCCCUAAAGACACGGCGGGAAACAUGGUCAUGGGCAAGACGACGUUUGUGGAUACAUAUAAGGCGAUGGAGGCACUUCUAAAGACAGGGAAGACGAGGGCGAUUGGAGUGUCAAACUUCAGUCAGAACGAGGUACAGACCCUUCUCGACAAACUUUCGGUGGUCCCGGCGGUUCACCAGAUGGAACUGCACCCGUACCUCCAACAACGCGCCUUCGCGGACUGGCAGCGCGCCCACGGCAUCCACAUGACGCACUUCUCUCCGUUGGGCAACCAGAACUCUUUUUAUAGGGAAGUCUCGUGGAGCAAGCAGCAGUCGCACAUGCGGCGGAUUGUUGACCACCCGGUGCUCGCCGAGGUCGGUAAGAAACACGGCAAGACGCCCGUCCAGGUUGCGCUCGCGUGGGGCGUGAACAGCGGCAGGUCGGUGAUUCCCAAGAGUGUCAUUGAGUGGCAGAUCAAGGAGAACUUGGAGUCUGAUUUUGUGUUGGACGGGGAGGACAUGGAUAAGAUCGCCACAAUGGACUUGAAGGCCAGAUUCAACGAUCCAAGUGAAGAGUACCGCUGGCCGCUGUACAAGGGUCUUGACGGAGUUAGUGUGUGA